AUGGAGUUCGAGGAUGCGCCCCGCUACGGCGGACCCCAGGCCGAUGAGGCUGAUGACAAAGCCGCCAAGCGCGAGGAGCUCGAGCGCAAGAAGGCCGAGGUCCGAAAGCGGCUCGAGGAGUCCGGCAAGGCCGGCAAGAAGCAGAAGAAGGGUUUCUUGACGCCGGAAAGGAAGAAGAAGCUCAGGAAAUUGCUCAUGAUGAAGGCGGCCGAGGAUUUGAAGCAGCAGCAGUUGAUGAAGGAGCAGGAGCGACAAAAG